AUGUCGCAGAAGCGAAAUCUUCCUUCUUGGAUUAGUUCAAGGGAUCCUGAGACUAGUCCAAGUAAUUCUCAUAGUAAGAAGCCAAAAGAUGAAGUUGAUGAGGAUAGAAAUGUACCUUCCAACAAUCCGGAACACGGGAAAAUGUUAGCUGAGUCAAGUUCAAAUACCUCUGGAUUCUCUAAACUUAUGGAAGGAGUUGCUUUUGUGCUCUCGGGUUUUGUUAACCCUGAGAGAAGUACAUUAAGGUCACAGGCCUUGGCGAUGGGUGCUAAAUAUCAACCUGACUGGAACUCUGACUCUACGUUGUUGAUCUGUGCUUUUCCCAACACUCCAAAGUUUCGUCAAGUUGAAACCAACAAUGGAACAAUUGUCUCAAAGGAGUGGAUAACUGAGUGUUACACGCAGAAGAAGUUGGUGGAUAUUGAGCAAUACCUUAUGCAUGCUGGAAAACCAUGGAGGAAAAACAGUGUUCCCCAAAAUACUAGUCGAGAAAAGAGAGAAUCUGAGAAGCAAGUAGAGAAAAAACCAGUAACAAGGGGAACACCAUCUGCUUCAUCCAAGGAUAGAUCAGUUGCGAAUCUUGUGAAAGAGCCCUUUUCUGUUACCGAGGUGAAGAAAUGGGCGAGGGAUGACUUAACUCAAACCAUCUCAUGGCUAGAGAGUCAGGAGGAGAAACCAGAGCCAGGUGAGAUCAAGCGAAUAGCUGCAGAAGGAGUCUUAACCUGUUUACAAGACGCCAUAGAUUCUCUUGAGCAGAAGCAGGACAUUGCAUCAGUUACGGAGCUGUGGAGCUUUGUCCCUCGCGUAGUGAAGGAACUUAGAAAAAUGGAAACUUCUUCUGAAAAAGAAAACUCCACGGCUUCAAAGAAAGAGCUUUGCAAACAAGCCAAGUCGUGGAAAGAGAUGUACGAGGUUGAGCUAGCAAAACCGGACAAAGAAGACUCAUCGGGAAUAAAAAGCAAAGGGACCUCUCGGGUUGCUACUGGCUACGAAAGUGAUGAGACAGUUGAAAUGACUGAAGAAGAUAUCGAAGUUGCUUACAGGAACGUGUGUUUAGACAGUUGA